CCGCCCCCAGCAGCUUCAUCCCUUUGCCAGCGCUGCUGCCGCUGCCCUCAACAGCUGUACCUCCGCAUCUGCCUUCUGGGACCUCCCCCCUCCCCACCCAGCAGAACAGUUGCAGCAAACAGGCAGGCUGCCCCAAAGGCUGAGCACAGUUCCACUAAGGAGGAAACCCUUGGUAUCCUCCCCACCUCCCGUCCCAUAAGGCGGCUCCUACUCCCCGCCCCGACCCCCCGCCAGGCCCCUAGUUGGUGAACCCAGUGGGAGUAAGAGCAUACGGGAGGAUUCUCGAAAGCUUCCAGCUUGCCACCUGGAAGGUCACUUUCUUUUGAGCGAAAGAGAGAACAGGCGUGGGGUGGCGGGAGCCACAGUUGCUCAGGGAGGGUUGUGGCACCCGGGGCUGGGUGGCUUGCCCUAAGCUUGCUCUGACAAAAGAGUUUUGAGUUGGUUUUUUGGCUGAGCCUGCCGAGGAAGGCAGGCCCCUGCAGGAGUCUUGGAGGGUCGGAUGCAGCGCCCGGAUGAGGAUGAGGCGUGGCGGAAGAUGCGUUUGGCUCUGCAGACACUGCAUCGGGCAGCAGGGGACUCUGGGAGGCUGGUGCAGCCUGAAGGCAUGGCUCUUGACAGCCUUCUAGUAGAAUCUCUGGAAUUGUGCAUGGCAGAAGAGGAAAGAAACUAACGGGUAUUGAGCACCUACUGUGUGCCAGACCCAGGCCAGGUGCCCCCCACCUCCAGCCAGUCUGUGCAGACUUGUUGCCUGCUGUGUCACCGCGAGCGCAAAGGCUGGGAAGAAGGCCCUUCACAAAAUGGACUGGUGUUGCAGGGCGAGAAGCUGCCCCCUGACUUCAUGCCAAAGCUCGUGAAGAACCUCCUAGGCGAGAUGCCUCUAUGGGUCUGCCAGAGUUGCCGAAAGAGCAUGGAGGAGGAUGAAAGGCAGACAGGUCGAGAACAUGCAGUGGCGAUUUCCUUGUCACACACAUCCUGCAAAUCACAGUCUUGUGGGGGUGACUCUCAUUCAUCCUCGUCCUCUUCUUCAUCAUCCUCAUCUUCCUCCUCCUCUUCCUGCCAUGGGAACUCAGGGGACUGGGACCCCAGCUCGUUCCUGUCAGCUCAUAAGCUCUCAGGCCUCUGGAAUUCCCCACACUCCAGCGGGGCUGUGCCAGGCGGCUCGCUUGGGAGUCCUCCUGCCAUCCCUGGUGAGGCUUUCCCUGUCUCGGAGCACCACCAGCACUCAGACCUCACUGCUCCCCCUAACAGCCCCACCGGCCACCCCCCACAUCCAGCAUCUUUGAUUCCUUCUCACCCUGGCUCCUUCAGCUCACCCUCUCAGCCACACCUGCUGCCCACCGCCCCGGCAGCACCUUCCCCUGCCCAGGCCUCAGAGUGCCCUGUGGCUGCUGCCACCGUCACCCACCCCCCAGGGCCUUGUCAGAGCCCCCAUCUGCCCUCCACCAGCAUGCCACUCCUGAAGAUGCCUCCACCAUUCUCUGGGUGCAGCCACCCCUGCAGCGGGCACUGCGGUGGGCACUGCGGUGGGCCUCUCCUCCCACCAUCAAGCUCUCAGCCACUCCCUAGCACUCACAGCAGGGACCCUGGGUGCAAGGGGCACAAAUUUGCACACAGUGGCCUGGCCUGUGAGGCAGAUGAGGGUCUGGGCGAGGAAGAGGAUAGCAGCUCUGAGCGCAGCUCUUGCACCUCGUCCUCCACCCACCCACGCGAUGGCAAGUUCUGUGACUGCUGCUACUGUGAGUUCUUCGGCCACAAUGCGCCACCCGCUGCCCCGACGAGUCGGAAUUAUACUGAGAUCCGGGAGAAGCUCCGCUCAAGGCUGACCAGGCGGAAAGAGGAGCCGCCCAUGAAGGGGGGCACCCUGGGCGGGAUCCCUGGGGAGCCUGCGGUGGACCACCGAGAUGUGGAUGAGCUGCUGGAAUUCAUCAACAGCACGGAGCCCAAAGUCCCCAACAGCGCCAGGGCCGCCAAGCGGGCCCGGCACAAGCUGAAAAAGAAGGAAAAAGAGAGGGCCCGGUUGGCACCAGAAGCUCUGAAGCAGGUGAACCGUGUUUCUGGAAGCCAGGAGCCAAGGCCUGCCAGGGAGAGGCUCCUCCAGUGGCCUGAUCAGGAGCUGGACCGGGUCAGCAGCUUCUUGAGCAGCCGCUUGCAGGAGAUGAAGAGCACCGCCAAAGACCCCCUCUGUGCCGGUUUCAGCACUCGGGAGCUCAACACGGAGAGCAGGGGCUUUAAGGAGGGGACUGUGGAACCUCAGCCCCAGACUCUAACCCCUUCAGACCUCAAUGGCUCCUCUGAGCAGCAGCCUGAUAUCAACCUUGACCUGUCCCCUUUGACUUUGGGCUCCCUUCAGAGCCACUCGUUACAAGCUCCAAGUGAGCCGGUCGCAGCAUGGGCAGAAAGAAGAGACCCUCACCCGCCAUGGACAGAGGUGAGGGGCCCCCCGCCUGGGGUCCCUGAGAAUGGGCUCGUGAGAAGACUCAACACUGUGCCCAACCUGUCUCGGGUGAUCUGGGUCAAGACGCCCAAGCCAGGCAACCCUAGCCCUGAGGAGAGCUCAAAGGAAGUCCCCAGUUGCAAACAGGAGGUGUGUGAGCCGCUGGGCACAGGUGGGAAGCCAAGAAAGAGCAAGAGACAGGGAGGUCAAGCGAAGAAGAGUGAGGCAGGCCUGGCCCCCUGGCCUCCAGCCAGCCUAGAGGCCCCCAGUGCCAAGAGCCAGACAUCUAGCCCCAAGCAGCCAGGCGAGGGCCCAGAGCCGGCCAAAGUGGGUAACUGCGCAGAACCUGGAGAGGCCAGCCGGGACAGCAGGCCAGGGCCAAGCUGGGCCGAUGGCCCCAAAAUUGAGAAGAAGGGUAGUUCCUGUCAGAACUGGCCAAAUGAGGCCAAGGCACGGACUCAGGAGCAGGAGUCUGUGCAGACCCCAGGCCCAGCAAGGCCACAGAGCUUGUCCCAGGGCAAGGGCCGCAGCCGCCGGAGCCGCAAACAGGAGAAGUCAGCCUCCUCCUUGGACGAUGUGUUCCUGCCCAAGGACAUGGAUGGGGUGGAGAUGGAUGAGACAGACCGGGAGGUGGAGUACUUCAAGAGGUUCUGUUUGGAUUCUGCAAAGCAAACUCGUCAGAAAGUUGCUGUGAACUGGACCAACUUCAGCCUCAAGAAAACCACUCCUAGCACAGCUCAGUGAGCCGUGCCCAGGUCGACUUCUCCAGGUCAUCUCGAGGCCACCAACUCAAGCUGCAGAUGUACUUUCUACUCCGUGUGCCCUUCCACCCGUCUUGACCCUCCCAGCUCCCACCACCCUGACCAACCAAAAGCUGAACGGAUGCCAUGCUGCGCUGGGGCCUUUGAGGACCUCAGCAGAGCUGCUUCCUGGUGCUACGCAGCCUCCACACUCAGAGCCCAGGGAAUGGGCUGGCCUGUGAGCCAAGGGCUGACGGUACUGCUGGCCCAACACUGCUCUCUGUGUUUGGUUUGGUUUGUUUGUUUUGUUUUGUUUUUUUAAUUCUUUACUUUUGAUACUGUGAAUAUCUUUCAUGCAGAAAGAUAAAGCAACAUUUGGACACA